AUGCAAUUCAACGCUGAUCAAUCUUCACAGGUCACAUUCAACCCAUCUCGGAGAGAAAGGCUUUUAAUAUUUACCAUCAUGAUGAUACUUCUAAUGUUAGGAUUGAAUCACUUUGUACUAUCGGAACGGAGUGCUCAUGAUUUACUGUCGGAUGCCUCUCCGAAAUAUAAAAUUAAAUUUACAGAAGAUGUAAAAAUUUUGGAUGAGAUUGAAAAGAAUAGUCAGGUUGUAUACAUGACAUUUGAAAGUGAAUUACACAGAUGUCAUGUUCCUGUGAGGAAAAAUAAUACAGAAACCGAAUCACAAACGGAAUCCAUGCAAGUGAAAAAAGAAAGAGUGAAACAAGAGGUACUGCAAACUAUAUUCCCAAAAUUCAAUCAAGCUUGCUAUUUUAGAGUUGCAGGAUGGUGGAUCUAUGAAUUUUGUUUCAACAAACAUGUCAGACAAUUUCAUCAAGAACAACAAGCUGUGACCACGGAAUUUUUCUUGGGUCACUCAAAAGAACAUCCUGACUCCAAGAAUGAUCCAAAAAUAAUCAAACACUUUGAUGUACAUUUUAAUGACAUUCAUCCAGAAGAAAGCUAUGUCUCUAUUCCUUUUGACAAGGGUACUCCUUGUGAUCUUACUCGUCAACCAAGAACGGUCGAGGUAAGAAUGUAUUGUGCCACUGAUUUGAAAAGAAGACAGCUCACAAACACAAUUGCACAUGAUGUGCAUGCUCACUUUAUUGGUGACAUUGAAGAGCCUAGCACAUGUACCUACUCCCUUAAAUUUUACUCAAAUCAUUUGUGCAAAUUGGACGGAUUUUCUCCAAAACAAGAAACUGAAAGUGACACCAUCUAUUGCAUUCCAGAGACAGCCAUUAAUGACGAAGAAAAAGAUGUCAGCUUAUUUGAAACAAUGACGCAAGAUAUUUUGGAAGAUGAGCAAGACGAAUCAACCAACAUGGAAUCGCCGACAGAGUCAAACCCCACCACUACUACUACUACCUCAACAACACAGGAUCAAUCACUCCCAACUGAAACUGAAAUUGCUGUUUCAGCCUAA